UGUUUUGAAAGUGGCGUCCCUCGAUACAUCCUACAAGCCACCAUGCAGAGGCACAAUAAUGAAAAGUAUCCACGCACUCUAUGAAACAGAAAAGGGGAAAAAAGAGGCGGCUUUAGCUCAAGCGGAAUAUGUCGCCCUGACAGGAGACCACUGGACGUCAGUGAGUAACACAAAUUACUUGGGAGUAACUGCACAUUUAAUAACUAAAGCAUGGGAAUUGCAGUCCUUUGCGCUAACUAUAAUGAAAACGGAAGAACGCCACUUUGCAGAGGCAUGUGCAGAACAGUUUCAAACUGUGGCAUGCAAGUGGGAAAUUGAAAGAAAAGUUACAACCAUUGGGACUGACAGUGCACGCAAUAUGAUUGCUGCGGCUCGUAUUCUACCAUACGAGCAUAUGCCCUGUAUCGCGCACGUCAUACAGAGAAGCAUCACUGUGAGUCUCGCUGACAGCGGAUUUGUUCCUGCAUUAGCCAAGUGUCGCAAGAUUGUGGGACAUUUUAAACACAGCCCGGCAAACUUAACGGAGCUGAAUGCAGAGCAGGUGAAACUCGGACAGCAGCAGGAGCCACUGAUCCAAGACGUUCCAACGCGGUGGAAUUCCACACUUGAAAUGGUCAAACGCAUCAUCCCCAAUCAAGCAGCAAUAAAAGCAACCCUGGAUCAACAGCAGCAUAAUCUCGUCAUGCUGACGCCAGCAGAAUGGGAUAAACUCCAGAGACUGGAGACCCUUCUAGAGCCCUGCCGGUAUGUGACUCAGAUCCUGGGUGGGGAGGCCUACGUCUCCUGCUCAGUGGUACUACCUGCCCUCUGCCACUUACACCGUGUAAUGGAAACUUCUGAUGAGGACCCUGCAUACAUGAUUAGAUUUAAGACCAAAUUCAAAGACGACCUAGGCUCCCGCCAAGAACACACCAACAAUGCAUGGCUCAAGAUUGCAACCGCACUGGACCCACGUUUUAAGGACUUGAAAAGUGUGCCCAAGGCAGACAGAGAGGAGGUGUGGACCAAACUUGGAGGCCUUCUGCGUAAAUCACCUGGAAGACCUUCACACACUACUGAAGAUGGGCCACCCAAGAAGAAAAUGAACCUUCUUCUACAGCUGGGCUCAGAUUCAGAAUCAGAUGAAGAGGUACAGCCUGACAGAGCCUUACACAGGUACAGAGCAGAGCCCACCAUUGAAAUGACGGACUGUCCCUUGCAGUGGUGGUCAUCUCAUGCAGGAGCCCAUGACAAGCUGGCUCCGUUGGCUCGGAAAUAUCUAGCCACUCCUGCAUCCUCAGUUCCCUGUGAAAGACUCUUCUCACUUGCCGGUCACAUUGUGCAAAAGAAGCGGUCAGCUUUACUCUCAGAAAAUGUGGACAAAUUGGUUUGCCUCAGUAACUGGCUAAAGGAUGAAUAGAGAAGCGGGCCACAUGUAAUUGUGUAGGCCAUGUUCUUUUGGUUUGAUAAAAAAGAGAAAUCUCUUUGUUUUUCCUUUGUUGAAGAGAAAUGGCCAAGAUGGCUAGUGUGUUACAGAAGGAGACACCAUCCUAUUUUGUUUUACUAUUUCAGUUUCAUUUAAAUAAG